CCAGAGAAGAGCUGAUCUGACUCUUGGCUACUGGAUCUUCUGACUGAAUGCUGACUGAAUCCCUUGAAUAAAGUUGGGAACUUGUAGGAGACAAUGGCAAUGUUGAACAUUCUUAUCCUUCUCAGUUCUGUAGUUGCUCUGGGCAACACAAAUGGAGUGGAGGAGCAGGAGGAUUGGGGAUGUGGUAGAUCAUGUCCCUCUGGUUGGACUGAAUACAACUCAUAUUGUUACAUCUACAACAGCACUGCGAGGACAUGGUCCCAAGCUGAGCAAUACUGUCUGUCCCUUGGAGGAAACCUGGUGUCUAUUCACAACGCUGGUGAGAAUGAGGCUGUGAAGGAUGUGGUGUUUAGAGCAACUAAUUCUAACCCCGCAAUCUGGAUUGGUGGAUCGGAUCUUUAUGAGACCAAGGUGUGGUUCUGGAGUGACGGAACCACAUUUGAUUACAGUAACUGGUCGAGUGGAGAACCCAAUAAUGGUCGUGGAGGCAUAGAGCAUUGCGGUCAAACAAAUUAUAAAGGAGCUGGAUACUGGAACGAUAGAACCUGUGAAUCACGCUUGCCUUGUGUGUGCAAACUCAGACACCAUUAAAUCCUGCAAAACAUCAACAAAUGCAACUCAACUGUGUCAAUUAUGAGCACUUUAUGGUGAAGUCUUAAUCAUUUUUUUAGUUGAUUACUUGCUAUAAAAGCAACAUUACAAAAUGUUGACUAAUGGUUUUGAGGUUUGGUGUUAAUAAAACAAGUGUUAAAGUAUUUCACCAAAAUGUCUAUUUAACAUGUAGUUCUGUGUUUUUCCACUUGAUUUUCUUUGCCUAUUACUAUGUCAGAUAUAGACAUGAUAUAGACAAUGGCAUUGGCAUUAUUGACUAAUGCAGGGUUUUUCCUGGCUCAGAAUGGGCCUUUGGGGGAUGACUACGCAUGACAGUAAGCAUGAUUGGUCCGCAUAGAGUAAAGGCUAUGAGUUACCUUAUGAGUGAAAUCUAUGCAUUUUCUUGUUAUUUCUGACCAUUUGAUAAACAAAAAUGUCUAUCAUGCUUGAAUAAAUAA